GCGACGGCGUCCGAGGCCCUCACCGCGGCGCCGAUGGACUCCGGCGCCAGCCAGAGCACGGUAUCCACCACGUCGCACCGUGAGGAGCAGCCGAGGCCCCGGAUGGUGAUGGUGCCCGUGUCCACCGUUGCGCAGGAGCGCCCGAGCGCCCCCCUGGACGCCUUGGUCGCCGGCGGCCCCAUCUCCGCGGGGCCGAGGUCUUCCCCGCCAGCCGUGGCGCCCCGGGCGAUCCACCCCCAGGCGGCGCACGGUCCGCCACAGCAGCAGUUCGCCGGCGCAUCCCCACACCGCGGCAGCUCGGCGCCCAUCGCGGGCCUUCAGGCGCAUCCGCACGACCCCGUGGCCGCCUCUUUCGCAGAGGCCUCGCUCUCGGAGGACGUGCACGGGCAGGAUAGACUGUCCUUCCUGCAAGAGAUCCAGCAGUUGCGGAUGGAGAACCUCACCUUGAGAGAAGAGGUGGGGAGCAGCCGAGAACAAGCUCUGCGCCAGCUGCGCGCCAAUGCCGAGAGGUCCCUGUGGCAGCAGCAGCAGCAGGUCGCCCCCGCUUGCCUGGGCGCGUCGCCGUCCGCCGCGGCGCUGCACCACCACGCGGGGCCGCUCGCCGCGGCGCGGGCGCUGCAGGUGAGCUACCCACGCUCUGUGUCGCCAGGUGCAUCGUCUACCUCGCGGACGAGGAUGAUGCCGCAGGGCACGGUCGUGCAGCACCAGCAGCGCGCUGGGGCGAGCCCCGAGCGGACGGCUGGCAUCCCUGGGCGGUCGCAGUCGCCGCGCCGGCAGUCUCACGCGGAGCCAGGAGCCGCAGCGUCCAGCAGCCCCGCGCACUGGCACCCAGCCAGCUUCGCGCACGGGCGCGCUGCUUGGUGA